ACGGGGUAAGGAGGUCGUCUUUCAAGACCAAAAAAUGAGAUUCCCUCAACAUUGUGCAAGUCGAGUGGAUCCAAAAAAAUCGUGCUUUUAUAGUUAGGCGCUAUGAAUGGUGCAACUGACUUUGGCAGUGAGUAUUCCAAGAAAGGAAACAAGAGUAGAUCAUGAGCGCCGCAAGACUCGACAUCAACAAACUGAGGGAUUGAGAAGAAGAGAAAAUGCUCCCACGCGCUUAAUUUCCGACAUAGCCACUGAGGGACAGUGUUUAUUCCCCUUGAAUUUGAGUCCGGCAUGUUUGUUUUCUGGGCGAAGCACAUAUCAAACUCUUAAAGAAACAUUUAUCUACGUCAUCUGUUCCCUCCCCCCUCCACCAUGGAGUCCAAAUUCUGCUCUAGAUGUAAUCAUACCAAGGCUUUCGACGAUUAUCGCGUCACAAGCAAGGGUCUCACCACCCACUGUAUCUCCUGCCUCGACAGCGAUAGGGCUCGCCGCGCUGAAAAGCGCGCAGCAGAACUUGCCACUACCAUUCAAUCCCUUCCUAACAUCAACAACUUUUAUUCGGCUCUUGAGACUGCCAAAGAAAAGGAAGUACUGGACCACACAAUUCCUUUCUAUUCAUUAAAGACGUCGUCCGAUGCAUAUUUGGUCGAACUUUCCUCUCUGGGGAAUGUCGAUGACAUUCUUGGAAUGGACCCUGUAACUACCACAGAAGGAUAUGCCGCAUUCAAGGUCUACGCAGAGAGAAUUAGGGAAAAAUGCGGUGAGAUCCUCGGAUAUAGAUGGAGGUACGUGACACGACGAGAUUUCACUCAU